AGGAUUUUUCGCCCAAUCACAUCACUCGUGUGAUGUCAUUACUCAAUUAUGAGCCACGGACAUCUGUCACUCACUAAUCACUGUAACACUUGUAUGGGUUCCGUGGUAAAUAAGUUUUCAGUUUAGACAACGUCUCGUGGGUUACACGACUCCAGCUCCGAGUCCUAAGAUUUAGCUGCUUUAACUGAAACCAGUUUCAUCGCGGAAUCCUUACAAGAACAGGAAAACUACCUUAAAGUAUUUUCAAUCAGCCCUUAGCACAGAGAAGUUUUACAACUCACUGGAAAUAUCUGCGGGCAGUUUUGGAAAUCAUGCCGAAGUCUUUUCUUGUGCGUAAAAAGAUCCGCACCUCUACCGGGAUGCAAGAGUCCGUUGAAGUUACUCCCAAGUCCAUUAAACCAGACUGUAGCAGUACUGGAAGUAGUAAUGGAAAUCUCAUCCUUGUAGAGUGUGAGGCACCAGAAUCAAAUCCUGGACUUCAAGCUCGUUCUUCRAUAUCGCCAGAAGACGCAGAUGUUCAACCUAAACGUCAAAUCACAGUAGCUCCAAGCACGACGGACGAGCUUCAAAAGAUCCCUUCGCCAUCACAAAAGGCAAUUCGUAAGAUCGAUAAUGCACUGGGCGUUGAGUCAAAAGGGCCUUUUUCUGCUCCUCUUUUAUGGAAACCAAGCGAACCAAGUCCCUCCUUCCUCCCUACUCAGAUCGAUAGACACCAACCUCAAGCAAACACAUAUCCAUGGACUGCGCAUGCCUUCACAGGAAAUCGCGCUGCCCUCAGUAAUCACCGACUGCUCUGGAAUCCUGCUUUUUCGCAUUGUUAUAUGAAUCUCAGCCAUUGUGAAGGCCCCCGUGGAUUGUAUAACUCUGACCGAUCCAGGAACUAUUAUGAUUAUUUCUUUUAUGAUAAUAGUUACCGUACAUCACAGAAUAACAGGUACAGGAAUGGCUUCAAUCAACCCAACACACUAAGAGAAAGUUAUCCUGCCUUUGUGUUACAAAACCCCGACAAACACGCUAGCAACCUCACCGAAAACACCUAUUCAAACCACUUUGACUCCCAGAUGAAUAAAUUUAGCGAAAAAGAUAGAAGAAAAGAUCAAGKAAACUUAGGGAAUCUUGGGAUUUUGAAAGACGCCGCUGGUCAGUUAAAUCAAGGACGCAUGCUACGACAAGAGGAUCCACGUGACCACAAGCCAAUGGGAUUCAAUGUAGGGUUAAAGGAUCGUGUGAUGUUUGAGCCUGGUUGUAGUGGUGGUGAGUUUAGUGAGUGUGAUUCCAAUUCAUUGGGUAAAGGUUAUGAGGAGUUCUCUAAAGGCCUACCUUUAGACGAGGGACACAACCACAAACACGCUGACACGUGCCAAGAAACCUUUGCUUGUAAAACCUGCAAGAAGAUUUUCUGCACGCCUCAUGGACUCGAGGUUCAUGUGCGUCGCUCGCACACAUCGACGAGACCCUACAGCUGUUCGACCUGUGGCAAGACCUUCAGCCAUUUCGUGAGCUUAACGCAACACAAGAAAACUCAUUCAUCCGUUCGAAGUUUUGAGUGUAAGAAAUGUGGCAAGCACUUCAAAAGGUCUUCAACUCUGUCUACCCACAUGCUAAUCCACGCGGACAUCAGGCCUUUUGCCUGCGCUUACUGCGGCAAGCGGUUUCACCAGAAAUCAGACAUGAAGAAGCACACUCUGGUCCACACUGGUGAAAAACCACACGAGUGUACGUACUGUGGCAAAUGCUUUAGUCAGUCUUCUAAUCUCAUCACACACAGUAGAAAACACAUGGGGUUCAAGCCAUUCGCGUGUGAAGUGUGCGGAAGAGCAUUCUACAGAAAAGUCGACCUCAGAAGACACAGUCAUGUCCACUCGAAGGCGUUUCUCCAUGACAACGAAGAAUCAAGCCCUGGUGACGUCACUAUGGCCGAAGCAAUCUGUAAUGAACCAAAGUAUGAAGAAUGUGAAGAAAUAAUUGUAAAAAAUAAUGAACACUAAGGAAAAUAGAAUCAACCAUUCUUUUCUUGACUAAUGAGUAUUUGUACUGUAUUUUACCUCGAAGUAAAGAUGUAAACAAUUCUUCACGUGGAUGGUGCUUCCACAGUGUUCAGAAYAAAAUUAGUUUUCUAGAAUAAGAAAUUGAAAAAAAAAAUCUUCGUGUUGAGCUACGUACACAACAACAACGACUUUAUUUGCACUCUUACAUGCAUAAUUACAUAAAUAUAAAUAUAAAUAUAACAACGGUGCAAUAUAAUGCGUAAUAUAUAUUACAGGCAAUUUUGCUGGAGUAGGAUUAUUUUAUAAUUUAAAUAAAGUAA